AUGGCAGACCUUGCAGAUUCUACCGAGCUGCCCACGGCCAUGGCUGAGGAAGGCUAUGACGAGGACUAUGACGGACAAUACGAAGAGGGCUACGAUGACUACGAUGCAGAAGAUAUCGACGCUGAAGCAGAAGCGAUGGCUUUUCGACUGCAAGAACAACUCCGAGCGGACAUCGCCAGGGCGCAGCUCGAAGCUGCCGCUGCAGCGGCUCAAGCCGUGCCUCUACCAGCGCAUAAUACCGUCCCAUUAGAACAAAGCAGCGCAUUUUUGGAGCGGAAGGGCGUUCCUGCGACUUCGACCGAUGGCGCUGCAGCUGCGAAACGACGAAGGCAUGAUGCUGCGAUCGUGACGAUGAAAGGCAUCCUCUCACUCGCAUCAGGGAACCCUUUCAUACACGCAACACUAUCUGGCUACAACGUCUCGGGCUCAAACAACGCAAACAUCGUGGACGUCUUUUCGCAAUGUAUCUCUGCAGGAACCGUGUCUCCCAAGGUCGCUCGAUCUCUAGGCGAAGCACUGCUCUCUCUGGCCAAGUCCGAAGCCCUUUUCGCUUCUCUGCGCAACUCGGAUGCGCCUGUCAUUCAGCUCGACAAGGGAAAGCGCAAGAGAGAAGGGAGCCACGAAGUCGCGGAGAGCCCUGCGCCCAAACGCGUCGCCUUUGACCAGCCCGACCUGAGACACCUCAUCUCAGAGGCCGUGCGUACCAUCAUGCGUGUCCUCGCACCCGACUCGUCCGCGCCAGGCCACCAUGCGUUGAACGGAGCUCUCAUAUCCUCAAUACACGUACAAUUGCAUCAAGUGUUCCUCUUUGCCGUGACAUCCUCCCCGCGAGGAGGACAACGAACCGCAGCCCUCCAAGAGCUCGCAGGACUCAUCCAAAUGAUCGGCGUCCUGAGCAGUACACCGAUCGGUUCUCAUGGCGCGUCGCCCGCCCCCGCCCCAAGUACUACAUGGUCCAACCCAUACAACGCUCCCGCAGCGCCUCCCUCCUCCGACCUCGGCGCAGCCGUCUACCCCUGCCUGAUGCCGACCUGCACCAAAAUCUUCCACCGGCUCUACUCGCUACGCGCCCACCAACGGCUACACACGCUCGUCGACCGGCCAUUCCGGUGCGCGCACUGCCCCGCGUCGUUCGUGCGGAACCACGAUUUGAAGCGGCACGAGAAGCUGCACGAGCGCCGGGCAUGGCGGUGUAGCGGGUGCGGAAAGGUGUUUUCGCGGCGCGACGCGAUCAAGCGGCACAAGGACAGCCGCGGGCGCGCAGGCGGUCGGGACGGCGGGGUCGAGCCCGGGAUUGGGGAGAGUACGUGUGCGUAUGCGGAGAUUGAGGAGGUGGAGGUGGAGAAGGCCGUAGGGGAUGAGGAGGCGAGUAGGCGGACGAAGCUUUGGAAUGAGAUCGUUGCGACUCAGCUUGCUGGCGCGCUGCAUGCGGCUGCGUCGCCGGCGGAUAGGGAUGCUGGCCCGCCGGAGGAGGGAGAGGUGGAUCCGGGUGUCGUGGCGGAGGCGCAGACGAUUGUGUUGCAGCUGCAUGGCUUGCUGAAAGUUUAUGUCGCGAGGGGCCUUGGACAUCCCCCGCCUGUUCCUGGUCGACAGCUACCUCCGCCGGUCUCUCACUCGAAUCAGACGACGUUAGCGAGCGUCAUUGCGCAGAGUCAACAGUUUCAAUUCCAGUCCAGUCCCCCCAUUGCUGUCGGUCCUAGCACAGCACCUAGCACGAGCACUAUGAAUCCUGUUGACCAGGGUCAAUCGACAUCAGACGCACCGCAGUCAUCUUUGUCUUCGCUCCCGUUGUCGGAGGAGCAGACGAGACAGCUUGAGCAGGCCAUCGCCCAGGCUGCCCUUGCGGCGCAGGCGCAGGCAGAAAAAGAGGCUGCGUUGGAGGAGAGGGACGAGGGAUCUGACUUCGAGGAGGGGGGAGAGGAGGAAGACGCUUCGUUGCUCUUUGGUCUGUUCAUGGCUCAAUUGCGGCAUCAGGAAAGUAUCAUGUGGAUGGUUCGUGUAUUUCCGCACGCACUGUCGAUCGACUUUAGACCUGCGGUGGCCAGACUCUCAGCCCCACGGGCACUGGCGGGGCACCGCACUGAAGUUGGAGUAGCAGCUUAUCCGACCAGUGUCUCAUCUACAAGUGUGGCGCCUCAUUUGUUGAUUCUAGUGCUACGCGUAGCUGCUACAAGAAGGGAUGGGUCUUCCAUCAGAGAAGCGUGCCCCAAUGGCAUGAUUGGGAAGAUCGGUGCUGCUAUCAAGCAGAUGGACUCGACAAGUAGUAUUUGGUGCACACAAUCGAGGCGUGGCUGCUGGUUUCAUACAACAUCUUCAUCCGGAAAGAAUGACUUAGUACAGGCCAGGGAAGAGCUUGCUGGGCGUUCUCGCUGCCCACUCUUUCCACUCCUUGCCAAACUUUUUCUUCAGCUCGCGGUCCUCCAGCCUGGAGUGGACGGCGACGGUCGCCAGCAACGCUGCCAUGUACACGAUGCCCGCCAGGACGCAUAUGCGUCCCUGCGGCGUGUACCUGGCUCUGCUCUCGGACAGCCAGGAGCCGCGCCCGAGGUGACAGAGGAGGAUGCCCGCUGUUCGGAGGAGACUGCCGGCGUAGCCGGGGUGACGCACGAUCGCGUACGGACCGUCGGUGAUCAGGGCGUGCUCCUUGCGAAUGGCUGUCUGGAAGGGAAAGAGUUGGCCGAGGUGCCAGAAGCAGCCUACGCGAAUCACGCUGCCGGCGAUUUCGAGCAUGAAUCCGAUGAGGAAUGGGGACGUGAGGCUGAUGGCAGCUGGAGAUGCGCGGGCUCCGAACGUCAAGAGGGUGAGAACGCGACGGGAAAACACGCAUGGGUAGCGACUCGCGAGGAUGGUCGCGCUUUCGCAUAUUGCCAGCAUCCAGACGGUAAACUGUCGGGCUCAAAAUUAUUCUUUCGUGCGGCAGGAUAG